CGGACGCGGAGAAGCGCUGGUAGCGGCAACAGUGCUGCUCCGUGAAGCGCCUAAGAGUCGCGCAGUGCGCAUGCGCGGGGAGAGCUCGGGUCGCGCAGGGGGAGGAUGGUGGUCGGACCAAGCUGACGGCCAGGCUCGAAAGGCAUGCCGCCCAAAUACGACAGGAGAGCACAGACGCAGCGCACCGAAAGCCGGUCCAACCUUGUUGGCAAGUUCACGACAUCCGUAAAGAAGUUUGUCCAAGAUGUUGAGUUCGGCCUGAACGAGAACGAAUGGCGUUGCCUUGCAGACCACACCCGCGAAGGCGCGGUCCAGACGAGUGAAAGGCUCUUCAUGGCCGAACAGAAGGUCAGCGAGUCCUAUCAGACGGUCAAGUGCGCCCUGAUCAAGCUGCAUGAACGGUACGAGGCCUCCAAGGCGGAGCGGAACAUCGUCCACCGCUACGCCCUCUUCAAGGCGAUGGUGAAGGAUGUGACCUGCCUGGACACGCAGUACUGGGUACUGCUGGACCUUCCCCGUCAGGAGAAGCAGGAACAGGUGAACGCGUACGUGCUGCGCGCCUGCGCCACGCUCGAGAAGGCGUCCGAGUCGAGGACGCAAGACGCCGCCGCCAGGGCCACCGCAGACGAGGAGGCCCGUGAACGCAAACAGAGGCUCGACGGUAUGACAGUGCAAGAGAUCGAGGAGGAGAACGCGCAAACCAUCAACGACCUAUACCGCCUGCUGAAGAAGUACAGCAACCUCCGGGGCAUCGUGCAUGGGCUGCAGAUUGCCUACACGGACGCUAAGGUGUACCCUUUCAUACCGCGCUACAACAUGCUCAAGGAUAUGAUCAAGUGCGUGCUCCGGGACCCGAGCUACAUGGAGGUCUGCCACGAAGACAUCUCCCGGACCUAGUGGCGCCUUGCUGCUGGUUGCAUCAGCCUAUCGCUGCUGCCGCGCUGUCGCUUCUGUAACCACAGCGCCGCGCGAAACGGACCGCGGCACCGGACGCAGCGAGCGGCCACGACGCUCGCCGCGCCGCAGGGCCGCUGUCGCGCUUCUGUGACGCACUCCCCGCCUUUCGGCCUAAAGAAAAUGAUAGCCACACGAGCUAUCACUAAGUCAGCACCUUUCUUUCCCCUCAAACUCGGCUCUAUCUUAACGCUUGCUGUUUGUUUUGCAAUCAACAUUGCCAAGGAACGCAUGCGAAAAAAAAAAAAAGGGCUCCCACAUAUGGCUGUCCCCUUAGCUUAGUGGUAUCUGGGCAUGCACUGAGCGCACGCAGAGCGCGUGUCACUGUGUCGUUAGCCGUCGGUAACAUGACGUCAUUCAUGUCCGCACUACAAGCGCAUCAUCACCUUCGGUGACGCGUCAUGUCAGAGACACGGGCUCACUGCAACGCUCACAUGUGCGCACUUACAGACUUAAUUGCUCGACUGGCAAGUAACCGUUCCCAAACCACUUUUAUUUUGUUGCUGCAAACACGCUUGAUUCGCAGGUUCCUCUCCCCUUGCUUCUGUUAUAGCGGUAACGUCGUUAGCUUAGUGGCCGCGGCACCGAUGUAUACGAGCGGCGCCAGAUUUACUGGGUAUAGAUCUUGUCGACGUGCGUCCAUGUCGUUUCUCGGUGCAAAGGUGAAAAACUGCCUCACGACCAAAGAGGCGCACACCUGAUUCGUCGUUACCGCGGUCAUUAAGACGCCCAUUAGCGACCGAGUACGCCCUUUUCUCCCCUCCACCGCUCCUCCCCCACCAAGGAGCCGCCAUCUCGUUUCUUCCCCCCAUCGACGGCUUACCACCGCUCGGGUGACGACGAGUCAGCCGAAUGAACUCGGCGUCUGGAAAAACUUCCUCGCCUGUCUGUGAACUCACUUACUGCAUAUAUGGUGCCGCUUGACGUACACAUACAAACACGAAAACUCACUGUCGCUCCAGCGGUUCUCAGCAACGAUGAGCUUACGCGUCCUGUGUAUUGCGCGCAAAUUAACUUACUCGAGGGCCAAUUUUAGCGUACCUUGUGCACGCAACCAGUUUGCCACGGGCAUAUUCAACUUCGGUAUAGCCGUAUAUUGCACGCCGAUGAGGAGAGAGAAAACCCGAACGCGGAGACAAAGGAAUACGCGCCACGCGCAGAAGACGACGUCGUGCGUCUUUUUUCCCCGCACCUCCCCCGCAGUUACACACGAGGUGUUCGGCCUGCAUGCGUGGAGCCGUGCCCUGGGCGAACUGGUUGGAACGGCGUGCUCUCGGGAGUCGCGAAGCGACUGCGUUGUCUUGUCGCGCACGCCUGCGCGAUGUUGCUUGACUGCCGCUGCAUGUUUCUGAGGGCAGGAUCCUUUUUUCCCGGGCUACAUUUUCCUGUGGUCUGCGGGAAGACAGAAAAGGCGCGCUGACGUCUUGUAGAGACGCUACGGCGAGGCCAUGUGUACUAUAAAAACACGCGGCGUCACUGAGAGAGACAGACGUCGGCAACCUUCUGCAGAAGCGGGCCGGGUUCCCUCGAAGGCGUCAGAUAGAGGCCGGGCAGUGAACCGAAUGCUCAUGAAAGAACAAAAACAAAAGGGUUUAGAUUUCAGCAUUCGCGUCCAGGCAGCAUGGGACAGACGCCAGAAAGUGGCAUUCCCUGCAUUUGGCUAAACGGUAGUCAAGAAAAAAAAAAAGAAAAAAAAAUGCCAGUUAUCCACGUAGCAGGACACUGCUACGCGACGUGCUGUUGGACAUGCUGGGCGUGUUGGAUUGUUGUGACGUGCUGUUAGGAUAUCAGUGAAGUUGGAACGUGUGCGAGCGAGAUUGGUGGAUGGACAAUGCCAAAAGGGAACGACUCUGUUUACAUCGCAAUUCGAAGCUAAUGGUGCUGUCAGCCAUUAGAUGGAAUAAUAAAGCGUACGGGGGGGGGGGGGGGAUGGAAUGGAGAACAUUUUUCUCGAGUUGUGUAGCAUGAGUGGAGCGACAGUGCCUGGAGGGCAAGAUCCGGCCAAGCCUGCAAGCCGCUGGUUGUCGACCUCUUUGCUAGGCCACCUAAACUGCGUUUGUUGUACAAAUUCGAACGUUCCAUACGAGUGAGUUCAUUUUUGGAACUGUAAGCGGUCUAACUAGUUGCACUUUAUAGGCACGCGUGACUAAAUUUAUGGCACAUCAGGUUCUCAAAAGAAAAGCUCGUAGAACCGCGAUAGUCCCACACCUAUAAUCGUAGAGUGACGUCGGAUUGAAAUGGGUGCUCCAACCACGCGGAAACAUUUUACCUGCUAUAGUCUUAGCGACUAGCGUCUGUGCUGCCGCUGCUGUAGUUACCAGUACAACGCAAGAAAAAGAAAUAUGUUUAGCUGUUUGCCGUUAGUCUACUGCAUUGGAUCCACUUUGAAUCGAUCACGUAGAAGUCGCGUUGUUGGCAUUAGCUACACUGCAUAUAACGGGUUUGUUGUUGUUUUUCUUUCUCGAACGAUGUGUAUGUAUACGGUGCAGAGAGACGAAGAGCUGUUCUCGUUCCUCUCUAUGAAUGCUAUCUGUGUGUCGUGCAUACAUAUCACAAGGUGUCAACGAGCGCUGUUUUAAAAAGAAGAGCGCAGUUUGCAUGGCAUGCCUUGUCACGCUGUUUGUAUACAUACAUUGAUGUCUCCAUGUGAUACCGGGCUUACAAGGCUUCUUGUAACAUAUGUGUUCGCCGGUGUGCCGGAUUGUGAUUUUUGUAAUCGUUGCACGUUGAACUAGGGACAUGGCUGAGCAACCCCUUGGGCCGCCGCGUAUCUUAUGGCACAUGCAAGGCGCGCGCGCGCGCCUCUGGCCACUCGGGCCUUGCGAAACACACGAAGAGGCGGAAACAGAACAUGACAUACUUUAACACACACCACACACUGCGGUACCACAUCCCCUCAUUGUUCUGCACUCGACAGAAUUCACUAUUACCAGGUGCUCUUAUUUUCUGUUGUUGUUGUUGUUGGUUUCGCCGUUCUUUCCUCAAAGGUCAGCAAGCCCAAAACGCAGGCAUCUUCGUUGGUUCACUAUUAAAGGGCCCUUCACCAGGUUUGCCCAUUUUGAGGUGACAAGCGCAGUGCAUACAAUGUGCGCUAACGAUCGUGUCUGCUAAGUAUUACAUCCCUACACGCCGCGGAAAGAGCCUAAAUUUCAAGCCAGACGACGUUUGCCCUUUCUCAUCGCGUGCGCCGCGCUCCCAGCCAGAGAGUCAACGUCAAGCGCGCAAGUGCGCCUACGUACAUGGCCGUGCUGUGACGUCACUCGUAGGGACACGUGAUUUCGAUAAUUAUUCAAGGCAGCAUCAGUUAUUUGUUUAAUCUGUUGCUUCAAUAGACGAAUUAAAGUUGAGAUACAUAACAAAACAUACAAACAUUACCUCUGCAUGUUUUUGUCUUCGUACCGUAGCAAGAAAGAUGUACAUUCGACCGAUUCUUUAACAGUACCGCUCGAGCGUCCACUAGCCGGCCGGUCAGCGCCUUUUAACGGCGCGAGGCGAUGGGAUCGUCGAGGACUUGAUCUCUUGCGGCUCUCUCUUGCUCGAGCUGAUAUCGUCGCAUCGCGCCGUUAGAAGGCGUUCAUUGGCCGGCCAAUCGAGGCUCGCGUGGUACUGUUAAACAAACGGCCGACUUUACUUCCGUUUCGUCUGAUUGUUCUCACUUCGUGCAGUAGCGCACAGGGAACGAAAUUGUCAUUUUUUUUUUUUUUACCGUGUUACAGCGCCGCAGUCGUGCUCUUCCAUCCUCUUGCGUCUGCUCAGUGUUCGUGAUUGUGACACUGACUUGUACCGCUAAUCAGGUGUUCUCGUGCAGCGCCCGCAAAAUCGUCCGUUGCGCGAAACGAGACAAACAGCUCGCGCGCGAAACCGUCACUGGAAGUGCGCCACUCAGUAAAAGCGCGCGCGAGAGAGAGAAAGAAAAAAAUGAGCGACCAGUGACGCAUUCGUCACGCGACCCUCCGUCUUUUUUUUUUUAAUUAUGGGGUUUUACGUGCCAAAACCACUUUCUGAUUAUGAGGCACGCCGUAGUGGAGGACUCCGGAAAUUUCGACCACCUGGGGUUCUUUAACAUGCACCUAAAUCUAAGUACACGGGUGUUUUCGCAUUUCGCCCCCAUCGAAAUGUGGCCGCCAUGGCCGGGAUUCGAUCCCGCGACCUCGUGCUCAGCAGCCUAACACCAUAGCCACUGAGCAACCACGGCGGGUGACCCUCCGGUUUCGGUAUGGGAGAACGCAGGGAGGGAAUUUCGCUUGCGGAGGCUAGACGGGGAUAGUGGAGAGAGUGUCCUUGAUGGCGGUGACGCUCGCCUCCUGAAAUCAUGGGUGCGCGGCACUUCAAAUAUUUCUGUCUCUGCUAUUAAUGAACUAAUCUGAAAAAUUCUUGCUGUAGAACACCCCUUAGAGAUCGCGUAACGACUUUCAGCGCAUAACCAAAAUUUCCUAUGUGGCCUGGUGAGGGGUCCGUCAAGGCAUGCUGCUUGUCUAGACCUCGAGUUGUUUUAAAUUAAAAAAGGUUUAUCGCUCCAAGCAAUUCAGUGGAAGUCAGUGUAUCGCGCUUUGCGAGGAUUUUCGUAGGAACGUUAUGCUUUAAGGCGUAACUUUGGCGCAGUUGGAAACGUGAAUAUGAGCGGUGGUGCUGGAUUUUUUUCUUCGAGGCCCAUUGUGCACGCGCUGAGUGUAAAUAUACACACACGUUCGCAACCCCCGUCAGUCCAAAAUACAACACAUACAUUGAAACGCUGCCUUAAUAUUGUUUCCUUUUCGAUGACAUUCCUAGUCUUGAUUUUGACAAAAAGCUUGAACGUUAUUUUCUUACUCUCACAGCUAUGGGCUACAGGUGCUGUGACUUUCUACGUCUUCACCGUUCCGAUGCAGUGGUCUUCGCCGGCGAUGUGGACGGCCUUCACUUAUACGAACGUCUCUGUUGAGCUUUCUUGGUGGAAUACCGAAACGAGAGAGUCGGCCAACGACACGCGAGGCGGAACCAACGGGAACCGGAGAGUCCGUGCAGUGUAGAUUGACUCGCCAACCGGCAUUGGUCCGGACAACGCAGAACCGAGUUUUGCCCCCCGCUCUCGGAGUCACCGGCUCACGUAAUUCAAUUGAGACUCAAUCGACAAGAUGGCCGGUUAUUUUUUUCUCCAACCCAGUUCGAUCGGUGCCUCAACAGACUGCCGUCAUGAACGACGUACGCGAAAGAGGUGAGGCGGAGUGGGAGGGCACCUUGUUUAGAGCCAAGGUUAAUUGUGCCCUCGCGCGCUCAACGGAACAACGAGAAAGCGGCUCCCCCGCGUCAGCCGCGCUCGGCUGUUCGUGGGGCGCCAGCCAGCGCCCCUGUCAUCGCCAAGGGCGACGCAGAAGUCGAGGCGCGCACGCCGCCGCCACCGCUAAACGGAGCCCGGAAGGCCCGUCGUCGAAUCGCAGGGAGACAACGACCGCCGCUGGAAAAAGAAAGGGCCUGUUGACACGCCGUCGGCGAACGCCUAAUGGCGAUCAGCGACGUGUGUUCGCAGGCGCGCGAUCGCUACGGUUUCCGAAGGACGGAACGCCCUUAGCAAAUACUGCAUCAACGCCGCUGCACGUCCACUGAACUGCACACAAAGAAAUGGACACACUGCCGAGCACGCGCGGUACCAGCUCCCGUUUGUGUACAGUGCGAGUCGGUUAACGACAAUAUUUGCUCUGUGCACACAGCUAGGACACGAUUCCUGCAUUGUCAAGCGCGUUCACUAUCUGGCCAAACUUCAGCUCGCAAAACGGCUACUACAGCCUUGAACGCUUCAGUGCUGCUGUUACGUCCAUCAUGCUGCUUGCAACCGAAGCGUCGCCUUUGCAUUAUGGUAGUGCAUCUGUCCGCACUUAUGAGAUUUUACGACGCCAUAAGGAGCGCAGAAAACGAGACGUCGGCUGUGCAGAAAACGUGCUCUGGUGGAUAUUCUGCAUGCACAGAUGAAUGAAAAACGAGCUUGUGUGAAUAUUAUAGUUCAAGAAAUCGGUGCGCUGUUCUGGAGGUGUUUUCUUGGUGACAGUCGAGAAACCACUAACGACGGGCCGUAAGUUAGCCGUGGGCGCAGCCUGUAAAAAUCACUUUUUCGCAGUGUUACGCGCCGAGCACGUUGGCCUGCUGCCACAAAGGUCGCAGCAACGAAGUAACUCGACUUUUCCCUUCCGUAGUCAUCGCUACCAUCAACCAAGCGUUCUCAAGACAACGCCGUUGCGCAUUUUAAGAGAGGCAAAGCAAUCAGUUUGAGGCCUCGCCGAUAAUUUUAAAAAUUUAGAAAGCUACUGAGCAAAAGUAGUUUUGUCGUCAAUUUAUUUGGCGCCAUAAUUCUCGAAGAUUAAUUAGUUCCCAACUUGAAAAAAAGCAAGAAUUAAGAACUCACAGUAAGACCCUUAUGAUGAUUGUUCUUGUUUGUUUGUUUGUUUGUUUGAAGCCCAAACCCCGUGUGAGCGAUUUUGUACCCGAUGGCGUUGAUCAACGGCUUUGAGCGACGAAACGGGCCGUCGCGCGACCAGAUCGCUCGUUCUUGUCGCUCGAUUCUGGAAAUCUACAGAACUCGUCGCUCAUCGCCCAGAAGUGCUAUGUGCGACUAGCCAAUUGCGCGAAGUCGGAACUGGAUGUAUAUCAGUCAAGUACUACCGAUUGUCCCACGGAAUGAGCAAACGACUAUAUUUUGAUAACCGCAAGGAUAAGAACCUACUGCAAGACCUUCAGAAAUAUUUUGUGCUGCUCUGUACAGUAAAACACGUCAACUUAAGUUAAUCAAGCACGCGUCAGGCCAAUUUUGUCACGAAUUUGCUGCCCUCAUACCGGCAACAUCGGGGAGACGUCGCUCAAAGUCGUAGCUCGCGUGGGGUACGACUUGUAGGCAACAAGCGAACGCGACAGUCAUCUCCAUCGCGUCGCUUGUCGCCGUCGCGCGCAAGGUCGCUUGCAUAGGGUUUACACUUAAAUUGGAGACGUAAUCACGCGCAUAUUGAGUGGAGAUAGCUUGCAUGUCUUCAUGCGACGAAUGAAACUUGACUUGGGAUGUUCUUGUGAGCGCGGCAGUAUAGAAUACUGGAUCGUAUAAGUUCACUUACGAGAGAGUUUCCACACCGUUUUAUACUAUGCUCGCGAAAUCGAUCGCAACGUACCGUUAAUUUGUCUGUGAUUCAGCGCACGUGCUCAUAAGACACACUGUCACACGUAACAGCUCACACUUGAGAAAGUCAGCACAGCCAAUGAAUUUCAUACAUAAUCAACAUGCCGGCACAUGAAGACAGCACAUACAGACAUCGAUAUUGGUUGUUGACAACGCUAGUUGUGUUAUGUAUACUCUUUCAAUAGUGUAAUCUCCUAGAUGUGUGUUCUCGCAUAGCAGCUUAGUAUGGAUAGCUUUAGUGUGCACGUGCAAUUACUCUUCGUCUUGGUGUCCUAUGUUCAAUGUGUUCCAGCGAAUACGUGUAGUGCUCGUCCACGUAGAUGUUGCUUUCCGGCAGUUGUUGGCUUUCUUUAAGACUACAUGUUAAAUAGUCAGUAUUGCUCUCAUAGUAACCCCUGUGAGCCUGUAACAUUUAUUGCGCUAUAUAAAGGCCUGCCUUAAGUUAUAUAGAGAAAAAAAUAUAAACAAAAAAGACACGGCAUUCCCUCUACCCGAAGAACAGACAAGGAAAAUCCCUCUCAAACUGAGAUGCCUUACGUGAAUAAAAGCCGAACAAACUUGGAAGGAAAAUGAUUGGGGUUUCACGAAUGCGUCGCAUUACGUUCGAACUUGUGCCUGACGUUUUACUGUCCAUAACGUGUCGUACAAGCCUUGUCGCCGUCUUCGAGGGUUGCCUUUCUUGAAUUUUUUAGCGGCUACUAACCCCGUUUCGUUCGGCGGCGUUUUUCGCGUUCGACGUGUUUUUGGCCAGCGUCUCCUGUGCGCGCAUACCUCGCGUUCAACCACCGCCCCCGUUUUAUUUCUCCUCCACCUCAACGAUUAUUGGCGCGCUCCCAACGCAAUGCACGGCGGUGCUGAGGAUGGCGCUUCCUCGCACGCCAUAUCACCUUGCCAUCCGCGUGGCGCCGAGCAACUAUACACUUAGCCGCACUGCUUAACGGCCACGCACGUGUGAACAUGGACCACGUUGCGCUCAGAGAGAGCCUAGCGUUUCCGCAUGUAAGCGAGAGCCGGAGGCCAGCCAGCAGGCAUCAGGUCGCUGGCAGCUCCGCCCAAUUUUUUUUUUCCGAGCUUCCUCGGAGACGUUCAAGCAUAACAUACGGAUACUGUCGAGAGGCAGCAGCUACGACAUCGUUCGUUUACUUUAUUUGCUGAAGUAACGAUUACGGAAGGAAACUUCGCCGUCGUUACAGCGCUACAGCUAAAUAUUAAGCUCACACAUACGCAGAUUAGGACUAGUUGAAGCUCGGCCAAUCGAAGAGGCCACACGAUGUCGCGCAGAGGUUGAAAAUGUGCAUCUGCGCACGAGCCCGCCAUUCGGUUUUCAGUUUAUGCACGUGUCUGUGGGUUCAAUUACUCGCUACAUGCCAGCCUGGCGUUAACAAAAGCUCAGAGCGGAGGAAGCUGCGACGGGAAACUGAAGCGCGCGCUACAAUUUGUUGUGUGCGUUGGCGAGUUCUUAGAGGAAAGUGGCCCCAAGCAUGGGCGCUCGUUCGCUGGUAGAUUGCCAGCUAGCCCGCACCGGCUGCUUGCGGUCCGGUCCCUGCUCGCGUGUAUGCGCAUCCAUCGUGCGCCGAAGAUGCUUUGUGUGUACACUGUCGGCGCUACGGCAGGCGUUCUGCGCAUGCUUCGUGCUGCUUUCUGGGAAGCUUGCCUACGUUUUCUUUUAAAUUAUUUUUUCUCAGGCAAGCGGAAUUGCAGAGAGAGAGAGACAUUGACGAUGUGAAAGCGAGACGACUCUUCUCUAGAACAAAUUCUUAGCUACAUACACGAGGCAAUAAAUAAACAGCGAAGAAAGGCCGCAAGGCGUUCACGCUCUCUCGAGGAGGCGCCCCCAAACGUUGGAAUGCGCGGGCGGUCAGCGCUACAAGCACUCACAAGCAUAGCAGCGGGCUCGCUGAGUGAUCGACACGGUUAUUGCAACCGUAGCGCAGCGAAAUCGCUCGCGCAGCUUGGAUCAACACGCCAGCGCAUGCACGGUAUUGUCGCAGAGUAAUAAUUCGGACGCAGCUGCAUGGGCGUCGCUAAAAUACUGGCAACAUUGCUUCGUGUACAGAGUACAUCUAUAGAGACUGUAAUACAGCUCUUAGUAAUAAAUGCUUUGUCGACAUACUUGCAACCUUUGGGGUGUUUAAAAAUACAAACACAGCUCGAGAAAUAUGAAGGAUUAAUCAAAUUAGUGCACAUAUUUCGCCCAAACAAAGGUAACGUUGAUUGGCGAGAUAAACGACAUUUACUCAAGUGUUGCACGUAUACAAAACAACUAUUCUCAAAGGCCUUGACUUUAUUAUAGUUUGUGGUCAUAUAUGUCAAAACACUUCCCAGAAUUUCAUGAGCACAAAACAUAUGUACUCGCUGUACUCGCCUUCGUCCAUGUUUCGGUUAGCGAGCCUCGCCUGAUUAGGUUCUGUGGCCUUCCUCGUCUUCUAGAACGCUGUAUUUACGCUCUUCCCAUUCUUAUUUUUCUUCUAACCUUGCGCUCUUUGUUGGACGUAGUUAACAUGAUGAGUAGUUAUGAAUCGCUUUGUUCUUCGCAACCAGCUCAGCUUUCCUUCGUCAGUUAUCUAAAUUUGGCACCUGCACUGAGCGCCUCGUUUAUUUACUAUAGCAGCUUCAGCUCCCAACUUUUACGCUCACAAGCCGAGCUAGCAUGGCGGUGCCGAGGCCGAACUCCGCCUAUUUUCAGCCUUCCCAAGUUGCCACAGAAAAUCACUGUUUCUAGAAGGUGAAAGCCAAUGUCUAUCUCUUUCCAUGAGGACAGAAUUAGUCUGGCCCUGCGGCAAGUUUGAGUGUUAGCUUCUCCUGCUGUCGAUCUGUAGUGAGGAUGCCUUGAUGCGCGAUUUAAAAAGUAGUUAAAAGAGCGCGAAAACUUUGGUCGCUGUCAGCAUCUACUGCUAUCACAAUACUCGUGAUAUUCAGAGCCUCCACCAACAGUCGCCUGAAUUAAGAGGCACCGUUUUAACUUCUUGUUCACACCACCGCCCCCACCCUCUUCUUUUUUUUUACUCUUCUUUUAUCCUGCUAGUACCCCCCCCCCCCUCCCACGGGUGGCCUGCGUCAAAUGUUAAAGUUCAGAUUCCUUUAGACGAACUAAGUGGUCGCUGCAAAGCUCGAUACAUUAUUUGGCACCAAAUGAUAAUAAAAUUAGUAGCUAUGUUUGGCUACUCUACGAGAACAACGUGCGCCAUGCGGCAUACGAUGAGUUUCACUGCAUUGUGCUGAAAAGUAAAUAUAUGUUGUGUGUGAUACAGUUUACUCUCGUGCUCUUACGUUAAAUUCGUCAAUGUGGCGCUGAUACGUUGUGUAUGAUGCGUACAUCGAAAAAAAAAAGGAAAACUUUUCUCGCAGGGUCACAACGAAUAACAUUCAAUGACACAGUCACGAGCACACAGCUACAGUGCUGACUUUCAAAGUCAGCCUGACAAUGCUUCUACAACAUCGAAGUCACAUUUGUAUACGUUUGUUUGUAUCGCGCGCGACAACAUCAGCAGCCGCGGGUUUGUAUUUCGUUCCAUUUGACGGCCGGCGAUCUCUGCAUGUUAGACAAAUGUGGUGUCGAGUGCCGCAUAAGGGUGCUCUCGCAACUGUCCUUCUUCAAGUACAGGAAAACCGUCACCUGUACAUCCUCUUUCGCAGAUACCAGCGAAACUUGAUGCGAUCCUCCCUUUUACUUUUUAUCAGUGUGCAACAUGAGCAUAACUCGACGGUGGAAGAACCUGACGCGAACUUUCAGCACGAUCCUGGUGACGUACACUCUAUAGAAGGUUUGUGAACGGUGCCGAGAAAGCGUACGAGCUAGUGCAAAAUGCUCUCAGCUUGCGAUUCCCUGUUUCACGGCAUUAGGCACGUUGCUUUACUUGAGCUUUGUUUCAAAUUAUGAAGUUUAUUUUAACGUAGUUAGCUCUGACCUUUUCGGACUGACUUUAAUUAGUAGUUUGGUUUAGCUUGAUUUAGCAAAAUUGUAGUUUCACCUCACCUUUUUUUUUCUGCCUUGUGUUUCUCUUUUAUGACGUCGGGAUCCGAGAAAUCAGUGUCUCUAGUUUGUUUUUCAGAAAACGCAUUCUCAUCACGCAGAAAGAGCCCUUGCAUAACGGCAAGUACAAUCUUCUAUUUCUUUAAGACAAAUGUAUGCGCUGGGAAUUGUGCGGUGUGUUCGACUGUUCUCUCUCUGGUGCCACCUUUGAAUUUGGGCACUUCUACCGACGCGUGUCUCACCCUCCGAAAAGCCCAUCGCUAUGCCCAUCCCGUCACAACACCUCACCCAUAAUCCGCAGCGCAUUUCGCCACCCAUCGCACAGCGCACGAGCAACGGGUGGGCCUCCUCUAUGCGACAUCCACGCGCCGGCAUCAACUUAAGUUUACCGCGGAGGAUAAACGUCGCUGCACGAGUUCGCCGAGCAGACGCCGAUAAACAAAUUAAGAAUAGGCACUAACGAAACAUUUUACCUAUACUGAUUACCAAACCGCAGUCGAUCAAAUCGUAUAUUAAGCGGCUGUCCGGACUUGCAGAAAACUUAUAUAAAAGAACAAGAGCGCGCAUUCUGCCCUAGACGGUUGUCUUGCAUCAUUCCCACUGCGGACUUGAAGCCACGCCAGACAUGCACAAGUGACAAGUCCCUUGAUCACAGCGGUCUCUCAGCGCAGCUGGCCGGGUUUACUUGCCUUCUCGUUUUCGGCUGAGAACGUCUAUUUUUCUUUCUUUCUUUUUUUCCUUCUUCGGCACCCAUUAUGUUUGGGUCGGCGUUACUUGUCAAUACGGAAACUCUCUUUAGACAACCGUGAACAGGCUCGUUAACGCGACUUUGACUGUUUCAUUAGUAAAAAAUACAACGCUAAUAAAGCAUUAGUCGAUUGAUCGCAAGCUCAAUCGGUCUGUCGUCCUGGCCUACCAAAUACAUAUUGCUAGAUGUAUUACAUAUCAUACGUGUUAAUAUAUGGGAAGAAAAAAAAUGUACUCGUUUUGCAUAGUGAGUGCCGGGAAGAGUUUUUCGGCGUACCUAGGUCUACAUUUGAAAUGCGCGACCAAGGAAGGAGAACGCCGAAACGCGGCAGCUGUAGGAAAACCCUGCAGCUGGUGGAAGCGUGCGCGUGCAAUUGACGACCACGGCCACGCUUUUUUUUUUUUUGAACCAAGGAACGCCUGUUAUGCAACACCUUUAUUGCAUUAAACAACCUCCUGAUCACUAAGCGGGAACAGCAGUCUGGCAUUAUUUAUUUUUUAUUCUCGUUCGUGAUGCGGGGAGACAGCACACGACACCGUGUUCAUUCGUCCUCGUAUCGUCUACCAUAAAACCUAAACUCUGCACCAGACCGAAUACAGUGCUUUCAGCGUUAAGCUUGCUCAUUUGCGCUCCGACCUUCUGCGUACGAGUGUGCGUGUUUGUGUAGUCAGCAAAUAUCGUUUGCACGUGGGCAGCUAGGCGUCACUCGCUGCUGUGGUGUCCUUUACUGCUAAUUUAUUAUCUUAUGACACGUUAUGACUCAGCGCGAAAGAACUGCGAACACACACACACACACACACAUAUGCACACACAUACAGACACACAAAAGGUUCUUACAUUGAAAUAAAAACGAAGAGCAAGCGACGUACUAUCGUGAGCAAUAUGAGCGGGGACACGCGAACGCGGGGCAAACAGCCUCGAAACCGAAUUGGAGCGAUACGCGGAUGGCGCUGUCGAAAACAGAGGGGAAAGAGGGACGCACUUCCGCUAACUGUUAGCACUCCCACCACGCCUACGUUUGUCGAAAACGGCAGCUUACGGCAUUUCACUCGCCUCCGAUAGCCGGUAAAACGGUUACGUGCACCGUGACCUACAGCGAGUCCUUUUAUUUCAGUCAUGCUUUCUUUUUCUGAGGCGUAGCGUUCCUGCGUCUAGCGCAAGGUAUAUUCAGAUGCACCCCCAUAGGACCUGAUGCAUAUCCUAUGGAGCGCAUCGUGUCGUGCGUUCCAGACAGCCGGACAGAUUUCCCAGGGAAGUAGCUCUCGAAUGUUUACGCUUCAAAACAUUGCUGCUAUUGGCCACGCUUCGUUGCACAAAGUUAUCAGCAACCGCAAUAUCAAACAGAUUUAUUAAUGUGCGCUUGCGAUGCGAAGUUCCGCACCUUGUACAAUGUGACGCACGGCAAGAGUGCCAACAGUUAUUAGAACACCGUCCAUCUUUCCACUUUGUUUCCAACGGCGGCCGCCACGUAUCGCCCAGGGUUCGAGGCGAUAGCUAACUGGCGUUCCCGUGUUCCCCCUCAUAUUGCUCACGAUAGUACAUGCUGCUAAGAAAGAUGCAACGUCAUAUGCUAUUCUUCGCGAGCACAGGUUGUGUGCACAAUCGCAAAGAGUGACGCCAAUCGUCGGCAAUGACAGCGUGGCGACUGGCCUGUGGUUUAUCAUUUUGCCGCCGCUACUGGCGACUUUCUGCGCAGUUCGUGAAUAAUACAGAGCCUUAACCUGUAAGCGUUGCUCUCACAAACCUUAUUUGCGAAUUCUCCGCAGUCAUAUUCGCUCUGGCGUGACAGCACCGAGUGCUAGUCGAGAUUGCCGCUGCGGAGAUGGUUUUCGCCUGUCAUCCCCUUCUUAUGGAGGAGUUGACCAAGCACUGAGUUCCACGCGUCAUUCAAGGCUAAUAUGUUCGAGCCCAGCGUUUUAUAUUGACCAACCAGUGAUACCAUGCUUGCUUUUAUGGUGUGUCAAGGGGUGAAUAAAAGUAUCGCGAUACAAUUCAAGAACUUAAGAACGCCAGCGAGAGUUUCGCUCUGUUAAGAGCAACUACUCUGUCAGGACAGGGCUAACUAUAGCCCCACAUUAUGGGUGACUCAAAAUUACACUUUCCUGAAAAGAUUUCGAUUCGAGUCGUCGACAAUGCAAGCUUACAAAUUGUACAAGGACGCGAAUAAUAAUCAGAAAUGGUCGAAACGCAACUGAGACGCCGAAACUUACCCUCGGGGCAGUUCAAGAUGCGUUUACAUGUUUCACCCGCGUUUGUGAACCAGUCAACGAGCAGACAAUUUCAAGCAGACAGGUGAGACGGCACACGCACGAAGUGCAAUGCGCAAGAAGUACCGACGAAGCUGCGUUGACAGAAGGAAAAAGCAUUGGCCGAGCCGAGUAUAAAUACGGGCCACGCGCAAGCCCAUAUGAUUGUCUUUCUUUAUGUAAACACGAAAGGAAGGCGCAAGUUGUGUCCCAUAUUCCUUUUCUGUGCAUUAACACUUGCCCCGAGGAACGUCUUGUUGCACGAACAUGCCGACCAGCGCACGGAAUAGCUUGCAGGCCCAACGUUGAAUUGUUCAUGCGGAGCGGUUAAAAGGAAUGCGUAACUACCUAACGCAUCCCGUCAUCGCAAAAUUCAUGAAAAAGACGCAUAGGUGUCACAAAGGCUCAUAAUGCUGGCUUGCGACACACAAAGACACGCCUGCUCGAUUUGGUUUAACGUCCCAAAACAACACAGGGAGCGCCGUAGUCGCUAGGGAGGACUCCGGAUUAAAUUGGACCCUCUGUGGUUCUUAAAUGCGCACCUAAAUCGAAGUACACUUUUUUUCCCUUGAAUUUAUGACACGACGAGAAAAGACAUCCACAGUAUAUUCACACAUUGCAGCCAGUUCCAGGGCUUAAUUUUCUGUGCCUAUCGCCCUCUCGAAGGCGAUUUUGAACGAGUCAGCCAUGAUGCUGGAUAAGAACAGUGUGUAAUUAUACUUUCGGUCAGGCGCUGACAUAAAGCGAAAUAUGCGUGCCAUUUCCACACUAUCUUGUUUUAUCUGUACUUGUUCUUUCUUAAACACUUUGUAGUUCGAUGCAACAUGCUGCUGCUACAAAAGAUUGUACGGAUGCACAACUACGCGGACAUGGGGAAGCUUUACUGCAGUGAAGCGAAGGCUGACAGUGUGUGAAAUAAUUAUUUCAUGAGCUGUGCUCAUCUGAACCGAACGUAUUGUCACCUGCGACUGGCAGUCUUCAUUCCCCUGCAACGAAGUUUUCGCCAUUACAACAAAUAGAAAAAUCACUCUGUUAUGAUGGCUCGUAGUUGACAAAUCUUUUUCAAAGAGCCUCCUAGUUCCCUAUCAGUUUCCUACGCGUUUCCUUCGAGGAGGUCAAUAUGAGAAAAACUCCUGCUUCCCAUGUUCGCCCCGAAUAGUAGCAGAAAAAUGCUCCCGGUGUUGUUGUUGUGUGAUGCGUGAAAGCUUCAGCAUGCUUGUUAUGCAAAUAUAUCUGCACGUGACGUUUCCGCUCGCCGAACAUGCUCGUUGUUCACAACAAAUUCUCAAGAAACGAUAUUUGGUUGUCAAGUGUUUCCAUGUGCCAACCAUGAACCUUUCUUGAGGUUGUGUGUCUACUUUUUACCGGGAAUCUGUAGAAGCCACGAUAUAAACGAUGUGUGUUACGCCGAA